CGCAAGGUGGCACUCGCGGCGCGCGUGGAUCAAUAUCAACCCGACGAAGGAACUCUGAGGGGCGCUGGAGUAGCCUAGUAAUCCUCUGUUUCCGUGGCGCCUCGUUCUUGUUUAUGUGGUUCGUGUGCGUGGCGGGGGCUGUGCGGCUCGCUUGGGACUUUUGAGAGGCGUGGGUGAGGGAGGAUGUGGGCGGCGGCGCGGGUGUGGGCGUGGGUGUGGGCGUGGGCGGUGGGCGUGGCCAGGCUGACCAGUGCCAUGCCCUCCUGGCAGUCUUGCAAGGAGGAAUGCGAGAGCCACUUCACCAACACUGAUCUUCUGCAGGCGGCACUGUCAGCGACUUGCGGGCGGGGCUGCGACAUGUUCACUCUGGCUCUCAUCACCACGCCGCAGCGGACCCGGGUUCUGCACUUAGGCCCCGUCGCCAUGCCCCCAAGACCCCCGCCCCCACCUCCACGUAGCGCCCCGCACGACCUGGUGGUGGAGGUGGAGGAGCAGCAGGUGGUGUCCGAGGCGGGGCAUGGCGGGGUAGUACGCGGCGGUGACCACAAGACCCGCCACACGACGACCCAGCCCGCAGACCAGCCCGUCCAGGAUCACCCAGCCCACCACCAGCCCACAACCACCCACCCUGAGGAGGACAACGCCCCCCACGACCAGUCCACCACCAUGAAUCCUUCCUCCACCUCCACCGCCUCCACCUCCACUAGCCUCCUGCCGGCGGUCCCAACACACGGAGACGCUGCCCAUCACAACGCCAUUAUUAUCCUUGCCGCGGACAGCCUACAGCAGGAGACGAGCCAUGCGGACCCCGCGGCAAGGCAGAAGGUGGGCGAGGCGGUGGGGGAGAGGGAGAGGCUGCAGAAGGCGAAGGACUCCUGCAGACAUGCCUGCGGGACGGCCUACCAGGUGUCAGCAGAGCGCGAGGCCUGCGUCGUGGGAUGCCACCUUCAGGCCGCCACAGCCGCAGGAGGGCCGCGGCCUCAGCCCAGGUCACCGCUCGCUUACAUCCAGCACGUGAUGGUCUCCCUGGCGGGCCACGUCAGCCGUCUGGUGCGGGUCACCUCGGCCUGGACCUCCGGGGCCUCCCAGUCUCGUUACCAGCAGGAAACACGCCAGAUGAGCCACCACUACCAGCCGACGCACCACCAGCUGGAGGCCCACCAGGAGGCACACAAGCAGCAAGAAAUUCACCACCACCAGCAGCCUCACCACCAGAAGGAGGUUCACCACACACCACCAGGCGGCCGAGGCGAGGAGCAGAGGGCACGGCAGGCGGCGAGCGAGCGGCAGCAGGCGGCGGGACCAAGGGUGUACUACUCGCAGCUCCUCGGACACUACACCAUUGGAGCUGGGGUCGGCGUGGUGCUUCCAGACCCCCAUGCCGGCCACCACGACUGCCGCCAUCGUCACGUGACACAGCAGGGACAACAACAACAGCAACACGAGCAGCAGGACACGGCACAGCAUCCACAGCACGAGAAACACGGACAGGAGCCUCAGCCACAGCACCACCACAGCCACCACCACCAACACCAGCAGCAGCAACAACAGCAGCAGCAGGGGGCGCCACAGACACAGCAGGGCGGGCAGCAGCAGCAACAACUCGACCUGCUGGAGUGCAUCUCGCGGAAGUCCGGUUUGCCUCGCUGGUUCAUCGCCGUCACCAUCUUCACUUCGGCGUUGGUGAUUCUGUGGCUCUGCUUUACCCUCACGGCGCCGCCCGAGGACAUCAAAGUGGUCAAGACGAAGCCGCCCGAGUUGGAGCUGGAGGAGGACCUGGAUGACUACCUGGAUGAUGACCUGACCUGUGCCGAAAAGAAGCAGCUGCUGGCCCAAGCGGAUGACGUCAUUAAGAUCAAGAUCGAGAACGUGUAGUGCGGCGAGAAUGAACAAAAGAACGAACGAGAGAGAGAGAGAGAGAGAGAGAGAGAGAGAGAGAGAGAGAGAGAGAGAGAGAGAGAGAGAAUCCACGUAUGUCUCGCCCCUAAACUAUAAUGAAACGUCUUGGUGGUUCCGAAGCAGUGCGAGAUAAGUUACAGAGGAAGGUGAACUUGAAUCUUGAAACUUGAAACGAAACUUGAAUAUUGAAACUUGAAUCUUGAAACUUGAAACUUGAAACGGAACUUGAAUAUUGAAACUUGAAACGAAACUUGAAUAUUGAAACUUGAAACGAAACGAAACUUAAAUCUUGAAACUUGAAACGAAACUUCCCUUCUCUUUGCGCGUGUUUCUUUUUCGCCCACUUCAGUGCAAAAAAAAAAAAAUCACCACUAAGUUGACCUAAGAAAUUACUGGUGCUUUAAUUUUCUUUAGAAGGGAAGACGAAAAAGAAAAUGAAAAGAUAAAAAGUUACCAAGAAAAAGAAAAUAAUGUGUUCGAGGAGUGAAAUGACGUCAAAUAUAGAAAAAAAGAAAAGAAAAAAGAAAAAGAGAAUGACAUGCUUUUUUUUCUGUUUCUUAAAAUUUAUUCUUCCUAAACCUCAAGAAAACGAAUGAUAUCAAAGCAAUAAGAUCGUGUUUGCAGAGAGAGAGAGAGAGAGAGAGAGAGAGAGAGAGAGAGAGAGAGAGAGAGAGAGAGAGAGAGAGAGAGAGAAUAUACGCACAACUAUAUGUUCACGACAUGCUUAGGAGAAGGAAAUGAUUGUGAUAAAUUUAAAGAACAAGUUAAACAGAGAAACUCAAAUAAAGAAAAAAAAGGAAAAGAAAAAACACUGAGCUGAAAAAAACUGAAAUCAUGUGGUGAGAAUAGAAAAGAAAAUAGGAAAAAAAAGUGGAAUAUCAAUUUAGAAAGACUGGUUUAAUUACGGAUAUGAAAGAACAUGGAAGUGAAAAUCCUGGAACAUUUUACGAUUUCGAAGUGAAGAAGCUAAAGUUAAAACCGUUACGUUGUGUGAUAUCAUAUGUUAUCUACUGAAUAAUUUUGUUACUUAUAUUGCGGAUAUAUAUUUUACGUCCGUGUGAAUAACAGAUACAAAUAACACGUUCUAUAUAAUUUUGUUACUUGCGGAGAUUUAGAUAUUUUACGUCCGUGCGUGUAACAGACGGAAAUCACACGUACGACAAUGUAAACACUUCAUACGACACUCAAGUCAAGGAUAAUAUCGAUAACAACAA